AUGGCAACUCUCACGAUGACAGCCCCGCCACCCACCAAAUCGAAGAAAAGCCUCAAGCUUCCACCUGAAAAUGAACGGUAUAUGAGGGCGUGCUCUGAUAUCGCAAAUGCUCUGAUCCAGGAUUAUGAGUCGCAGAAGGAUCCUACGAAACCUAGGAAGGAUAUCAAUCUCAAUAAGCUGCGCGGUCAAAUCGCGAAAAAGCACGUCCUGGGCAGCCAGCCGCCUUUGACAGCCAUCAUCUCGGCUGUUCCUGAACACUACAAGAAAUAUAUUCUCCCGAAGUUGAUUGCGAAGCCAAUAAGAACGUCCUCUGGUAUCGCCGUUGUAGCUGUGAUGAGCAAACCCCACCGUUGCCCCCAUAUCGCCUAUACCGGUAACAUCUGUGUCUAUUGCCCCGGCGGCCCCGAUUCGGACUUCGAAUAUUCUACCCAGUCUUAUACCGGUUAUGAACCCACGUCGAUGCGAGCAAUCCGCGCGCGAUAUGACCCGUUCGAGCAGGCAAGAGGAAGAGUUGACCAAAUCAAGUCGCUUGGUCACAGUGUGGACAAGGUCGAAUACAUUAUCAUGGGAGGAACCUUUAUGUCUCUGCCGGCGGAAUACCGAGAUUCAUUCGUCGCCCAACUUCACAAUGCGCUGAGUGGCUACCAAACCGACAACGUCGAUGAAGCAGUCCAGGCUGGGGAAAUGAGUAAUAUAAAGUGCGUGGGGAUAACCAUUGAAACUCGCCCAGACUACUGUUUGGACACACACUUGAGUAGCAUGCUUCGCUACGGAUGUACGAGACUCGAAGUUGGGGUCCAAAGUUUAUACGAGGAUGUUGCGAGAGAUACAAACCGUGGUCACACCGUUGCUGCUGUGGCAGAAACUUUCAAGCUUUCGAAAGAUGCGGGAUUCAAAGUGGUCAGCCACAUGAUGCCUGAUUUGCCUAACGUGGGCAUGGAGCGUGAUUUGUUUCAGUUCGAGGAGUAUUUUGAGAACCCAGACUUUCGAACUGAUGGGCUGAAGAUUUACCCCACGCUUGUCAUUCGCGGAACCGGUCUUUACGAGCUUUGGAGGACGGGUCGUUACAAAAACUAUACUCCAAAUGCGCUUAUCGACCUUGUUGCUCGUAUUCUCGCACUUGUGCCACCCUGGACCCGUAUCUAUCGAGUUCAGCGAGAUAUCCCGAUGCCACUGGUUACUUCGGGAGUCGAGAAUGGUAACCUGCGAGAGCUGGCUCUAGCGCGCAUGAAAGACUUCGGUACUACUUGUCGAGACGUUCGCACGCGCGAGGUCGGUAUCAACGAGGUCAAGAACAAGAUUCGCCCCUCUCAAGUGGAGCUUAUUCGUCGUGACUAUGCAGCCAACGGUGGUUGGGAGACUUUCCUCGCCUACGAGGAUCCCAAGCAGGAUAUUCUGAUCGGUCUUUUGCGUCUGCGCAAGUGCAGCUCGACGCAUACGUUCCGCCCCGAGUUUACUAGCCAGCAAACUAGCAUCAUUCGUGAACUGCACGUGUACGGUUCCGCUGUUCCGCUCCACGGGCGUGAUGCUCGUAAGUUCCAACAUCGAGGCUUCGGAACCUUGUUGAUGGAGGAGGCCGAACGAAUUGCACGAGAGGAACACGGAAGCCAAAAGAUCAGCGUCAUCUCAGGCGUUGGUGUCCGCAGUUACUAUGCUCGCCUCGGGUAUACAUUGGACGGACCCUACAUGUCCAAGAUGCUUGAGCCGAUUGAAGGAGACGAAUAUUAA